UAAAGAAUCAAAUAUAUAUUCAAAACAUGUGUUGCACAUAAAGUACAGUGUAGUAUUAAGUACUUCCGUGUUCCACCAACAAUAUGUAUUCACUUUCGUGACUGUGAUAUUCCCGCCUUCAUCCUCUUUAUUAGAGGAUGUCUUUUGAAAAUCCACGGCUUCAUAUUGGUGAAUUGGCCCCGGAUUUCACCGCCGUAGCUGUGGUUAAUGGAGAGUUUACUGAUGUAAAACUAUCAUCCUUCCAUGGAAAAUAUGUUGUACUUUUAUUCUACCCCGCUGAUUUUACCUUUGUCUGCCCCACGGAACUAAUAGCCUACAGCGAAAAAUUAAAGGAAUUUAAAAAAAUUCACUGUGAACUGCUGGGAAUGUCUUGUGAUAGUCAAUACAGUCACUUAGCUUGGCUCAAUACACCUCGGAAAGAAGGUGGUCUGGGAGGCGCAGUCAAGUAUCCCCUUCUUGCUGACCACAACGCGUCCAUAGCAAAAAAAUACGGUUGCUACUGCUUUGCUGAGGGAAACGCAUUCCGUGCAUUGUACAUUAUUGACGGCAACGGAAUGUUGCGCCACAUCAGUAUUAAUGAUAUGCCUGUUGGGCGGAAUGUUGAGGAAACUCUGCGUCUAGUACAGGCUUUCCAGUUUACCGAUGAAAACGGCAUGGUGUGUCCGGCCGGCUGGAAGCCGGGUGAUGACGCAAUGGACGCAGAUCCAGAGAAGUCCAAAGAAUAUUUCGCAAGGGUUUCCACUAAGAACAGCAAUCCAAAGAUUGUCCACCCACCGGAUCCAGCAUUUGAUACGACACUUAUUAAGAAACCGAGACCUUCGUAUCCCCACACAGCACUUGUCUAUUCAGAAAAUAGCGUUCGCUUAACCGAGGAUUCCUCUCCUAAGAAAAUUUACGAGAGAAUGUUAACCAAACUUUCGUUUUAGAAUUAAUCGCAGCGCAAAGAUGAGUUGAAAGCGUAAUUCUCCAAAGAAUCACGGAAAGCACCCCGCUGAUUAUGCGUACAGCAUUUAAUGGAGUUUGUGACGUAAAUUGUACGAGAACUCGUUCAGUGAAGAUUGCGCAGUGGGUGUACAGUAAUCUAAAGUAGUUACAGUACGUACUAACUAAACAAAAGCAUUGCAGGUUUAAUUUUGGCUACUUCCGCUGUUGAUACGGGUUGCAACAUAAUAAUUACUAUGUUGUAACCGGUAACCAAAUUAAACCUGCAAUGCUGCUGUUUAGUUAGCUCUUGCAUUAAUGCAGUUGUUUGCUUUUUCGCCAUUUGGUUGCUGAUUCAAAGCCAAAAUUUACAUUUUUCCAGGCGACAAUUGAGUGUACGUUUUAUCUUCGCAAAAAUAACCAACGGUCAAUAAAAAACGGAAAAGUG